CCAGGAGUAGCCUACUUUUGAAUACAACAUGAUGACACGCCCACGCGACAAACGUCACGUCAGCUUCCAAAGUGAAACUUUGAGAAGUAGCCUACUGAAGACUGAGCAACUAAGAAAGUAAUACAGUUCUCGAAGGACACAGAAGAAGGCACAGAGAAGUUGAGAGACAUUGACGAAGGACAAACUGAAGUAAUGGAGAAGAGAAGUGCUUCUGAAAACACUGAUCUACCGGCAAUGGCAGACGGUUGUCAGAACUACAGACCAACAAGGUGUUGCAAGUCCUGCUCUCACAUCACAGACUCCUCCCACUGGGUGCUGAUGGAACCCUCGGUCUCCGUGGAGUCCAAAGUCGAAGUGUACAAACACAGUUCUCCUUCAGGAAAUUUUGAGUGUGCUGUGUCUGGUCUGCGCUGGGUGUGUGCUGGUGAAGUCACUCUACAGUAUAAAUUUUGUGACACGUAUGUUUUCACAGCAGAUCUUGCUAUGUUACAGUACACACCAGUGGGUCCUUUGAUGGACAUCAAAGUGCUGUCAGGUGAACUGCUGGAGGCUCAUCUGCCCCAUUUUGCCUGUCUGGAAGGCUCCGACUCUUCUCUCAAGGACAAUGUGAGAGUCCUAAGUGGCGUCGACAGCAAUUUAAGUCUAGAGACCGGUGAGCUUACCCGUUUCCAUGUGAAGCUCCUCAAGCCAUCUCUCUCACUGACAGAGGUCGUGGUGAAAACUGACACCAAAAUCAAAACCCACCUGGAGGUGUUAAUUUACCGGACAAGAGUGAGACCCCUGGUCCUCUUUACAUACUUGUUGCCUUGGAGCGGCUCCAUGAUGCAGACUGUGAAGGACGACCUGCGGCAGCUGAAUGCCAAGAAGAUUGAAAAGCCCCAGCCUGAAAUUUCGCUUUGGGUCGACUCCACGUUCAACCUGAAGACGUCUUGCCACUCCGAGAUCAACCCGCACGAGUACACACUGAAUCUCGUUAGGCCAAACUUCUUUGAGGUCUACAUGAAAGAGCCAGAGGACUGUUUUGACUUGGAAUUGAUCAGCGAAGAGCAGUCCAUCUGGAAAGCUGAAAUGCGACGUGCGGACUAUGGCGAGGUUAAAAAAGUUACGACGUACACCCCAAUCAAAAUCCCAGGGCUGGAUGAAGGGAGAAUGGCGAACCUGUCAAACAGAGAGCGACUCUCCUUGUUCCGGGCGGAUCUCAUCACAAGAACGUCGAGAGGCGCAUUCCUAGAGGAGAUGGAGGCGUUGGCGAAACACCAGCCCCCCGUGCUGAACAGCUAUGAGACCCAGCACCUUCUGGAGAAUGUCAGUGGACUGGAGGAACAGGUGGCCUGCCUCCUGGACAUGGUGGACAGAAAGGGAGAUGUAGCAUCUGGCGUAAUGUUCCUCGUCCUUAAAGAGAAGGACUUCUACCUCUUUGAAGACAUUCUCCUGAAUCUUCAAGCCAAUCCCCCAAAAGAUGCAAACUAACGUCAUCUGUUUCCAUAGUGGUUUGUUGAGACACAUUGUGAAGAUCAGUGCUAAUCACCCCAAACUCUCUCUGAAGCACCAAACACCAGUGGACACAAGACAGUAGCCACACAGUAUAUCAGGCCACAAAUAACAAAGAUACAGGUUACUGCCUGUUUUAACUGUAAUUUUAACAUUCUCAAGUUUCUUUGCAGCUAAAACCAUGGCAUGAUUGUACUUGUGUAGAAACAGAUUGCACAUUUAUUAGUCCCGGUAGUUGUGCUACCAUGUGUGUGUGUGUGUGUGUGUAGCUGGAUACUGUUCCAGGGUCCAACAGCUGGAGUUUGGUCCUUACUGGAUUAUACCAGAGACGAUUGCAGUGGCGGUUAGUCUAGGAUCUUUGAUUAUGCUGUCCUUGUCAAUACACAAGCUACAUUAAAGGUUUUUACAACAUUUUUUUUUCUCAGUCACUUUGUGACAUGUCUUCAGUUAUCGUUAAUGUUUCUCAAAAUAACAGUGAAACCUGAUGAAGAUACAAGAGUUUGUAUCUUAACAUCACCAUAAUAGAAUAUUUCAGGUCUACUACAAACUGAAUAUUGCUUACUUACAUGUUCAGUGUGAUUCAUGCCACUGACUACAGUUUCUACAAGGCUCCUUGUGACUGUUGAAGUAUGGCGUAACGGGAGGCAACAAUUCGCUUGUGAGACUGGACAGAGUCAAGACAUAUACAAACUGGACAAUCGUUGUCUUCUGUUAAGCACAAUGGCGAAAUAUGCCAUAACACACUGUGGUGUGCUAUAUCGCCACACGUUUCUCUCAUGCUGACCUAAUGCUCGCUUUAUUUACCGCUUGAGUUACUCUGGCCUGGUGACUUGAUUUACAUUCCACCAGAGAGGGUAAAGCGGAGCAGUAAUGAAAGAUCUUUGAUUCCACCUCUUGGCCUUGGAACAGAUUAUAUUAUUAUCAAUCACAUGACAACAAUCAAGAUUUGAAUGUCAAGUGAUUUCACAAACAUUCCAAAAACACAAUGUCACAUGUGGUGUACACACUAUGAUAACUGGCGAUAACAUAUCAAUCAUACAUUAACAUCAUGACUUGACUUGACACAAUGAAUCAAUAACUUGUGAUGGGUGCUUAAGGGAAUCAUAAUUCUAACUUGUAUUAUCUCCUGUGCUCUUUGUUAGAUUAUGUGAAAUUGCUGUUAGGAUGCACAAAAGUGACUGGAUGAUGUAGAGGUCAGACCGUAUGUAAAUUUAAAUUCUGAUCAAAGAAGUGACACCAAAGAAAAAUAGUAAUGAUACAUUGUGUGAGCUUUGUUGAGAUCACGUUUUCAUGGUGUUUUUUUUUUUAUUAUUAUUAUUAUUUGAACCUCAUGUUGUGCUUUUAUCUGAAACUACUUUGAUAAUUAUUGUUACUGUCUGUUCAUUUGUUGUAUUGUUUCUCUGCUCAUUGAUUUUACUAUCUAAGAACCAGACAUAUCUGAAUGUGCAUUCAAGUUUCUCUGGAGUUAACGGGACAUUAAAUAUCAGUACACUGGCCUCGAGUGUAAUUCAAUAGUCA